UACUUGCUUGUUAAAUCUAUAUCCUACUUAGUCCAUGACUUUUAUACGAAGUGUAGUGGCGCUAUCAUCUUAUCGAAACAAAUUGUGAUUUUUUGUUCUAUUUUUACUUAAUCGUAACUAAAACAUCAAUUAAAAUUUGUUGUUAACGAAAAGAGUUAGUCUUUUCACGUAUGUGAAAAAAUAAUUAUUUUGUUAUUUAUUAAGAAAGGAGAAAAAUAAAGUGGAUAAUAAUUAAUUAAUGAUUGAGAUAAGCGAAAAAGCGCAAUUUAGAGUUGACUGUACAUGACAUUUAUAAAAAGGUUUCGAUUAAAGACUUUUAUUGUUGUUAUUAUUUCUGUAUUUUAGGCCUUAUCAAAAUUUUCAUUUUUGAAUAAGUGUUCGAUAUCAUUAUUAUCUGAUUAUCGAUUGUAAUUCUUUAUCUAUAAUCAUCCUUAGUUUAUUAUUUUAAUAUAAGAUAUUAACAGACACAUAUAUAUAUAUAUAUAUAUAUAUACAUAUAUAUAUAUAUAAUUGCAUAGAUGAAGAUAUAAAGAUAUAAUCUUUCCAUAAUCAUUUGUGGGAAGUAUAAUCAAAUAUGAAUCGUGUAGAUUUAAAAGUUGUGUUACUAGGAAAUGCAGCUGUUGGAAAAACAAGCCUUUCAGAGCGUUUUGUAAAUGAAAGAUUUAAUGAGAAUUUAUCCUAUCAAAACACAAUAGGAGCUGCAUUUGCUGCAAAACAAAUAGAAAUUAAUGGACAUAAUAUUGUAAUGGGAAUAUGGGACACUGCAGGUAACGAAAGAUAUGAUGCAAUGACAAGAAUAUAUUAUCGUGGUGCUAAAGCUGCAAUAAUAUGUUAUGAUGUUACAAAAUUUAAUACAUUUCAAAAAGCAAAAUUUUGGGUAAGAGAAUUGAGAGAUGUAGAAGAAGAAUGUAAAAUUUAUCUCUGUGGUACAAAAAAAGAUAUUUUAUCAAACACUGAUAUGAUAGCAGUACCAGAUAUAGAUAUUGUAAAAAACUAUGCAAAUGGUAUUCAAGCUAAAUUUUUUUUAACAUCGAGUAAAACUGGGGAGAAUGUUGGUAAGAUCAUAUAUUUGAUCACACUGCUUUUUUUGAAGAUAAACUUAAAUUAUUUAUUUCUUGCAGUGGAAUUAUUUACAGAAAUUGCUAAUGAUUUCUUAUCUGUGCCAGAGAAUUUACAAAAAGUAGAAGAAACAGUUGCUUUAAUAAAUACGCCCAAAACAUCGCAUUGUUGUUAGGCCAUAAAAGCAAAAACAAUAUUAAAAUUUUUAAUACUUUCAUUCUUCAUAUAAUAUUCAAAAGAGAAAGAAAAUUUUAUUUUGAAAUUUUUAAAUAUAUAAGUUAAUUAUUUACUACUAUAAUGGUGCCAUAUUUAAGCAGAAACUGUGAAGACUUUCAGAUAAUUUAAUUAUGGUUUAUCACCUUUAAGAAAAUCAAUACGGUUGUUUAUUAUAAACAAAAGUAUUGUUAUAUAUAAGGUGCAAAGUUUAUUCAUUAUUUUUUAACGAAUAGACGUGAGAAAAAAUUUGAGAAAAUGUGAAAAUUUUUAACUUCGAAUAGUGAGCAAAAAAUAUUUUUGCUUUUUGUUAUUACUUUUACUAUGUUUUGUUUUUUUGGUUUGAUGUAUAUGGGAAAAUUGAAGCACAAAUUUCUCUGGAUUGUUCAUAGAUACCAAAAAAUACAAAACCACUAAUAGUAAAGCCACCCACCCUUGGAAGAAAGCCUGCGAAUAAUCUAAAAGAUAUUUUUCAAUGAUUUAAACUAUGACAAAACAUUAAAGUUAAAAAGAGACGCA